UGGAGUCCCAGGCUACUCCUCCCGCGGUGUGGGUGUUUCCGGGGCUGACUGCCCUGCGGCGGCGUGGCUCGCUGUCUUUCCCAGCAUGGACCUUACUUGUGAGGAGAGGCCCGCUGAGGAAGAGAGUGACGAGGAGGACCCCAACUCCAUGGAAGCCCCGGCCCAGAUCCGAGACACUCCGGAAGACAUCGUGCUGGAAGCUCCUGCCAGCGGGCUGGCCUUCCAUCCGGCCCGCGACCUCCUGGCCGCAGGGGACGUGGACGGGGACGUGUUCGUCUUUUCCUACUCUUGCCAAGAGGGAGAAACCAAGGAGCUCUGGUCAUCAGGUCACCAUCUGAAGGCCUGCCGAGCUGUGGCCUUCUCUCAAGAUGGGCAGAAGCUCGUUACUGUCUCCAAGGACAAAGCCAUCCAUGUUCUAGAUGUGGAGCAGGGCCGACUGGAAAGGCGUGUUUCCAAGGCUCAUGGCGCCCCCAUCAACAGUCUUCUGCUGGUGGAUGAGAAUGUUCUGGCCACUGGGGAUGACAUGGGUGUUAUCCGUCUCUGGGACCAGCGGAAGGAGGGCCCCUUCAUGGAUAUGAGGCAACAUGAAGAGUACAUCGCAGACAUGGCUCUGGAUCCAGCCAAGAAGCUGCUGCUGACAGCCAGUGGAGAUGGCUGCCUUGGUGUCUUCAACAUUAAGAGGCGUCGAUUCGAGCUGCUCUCAGAGCCUCAGUCUGGGGAUCUGACCUCUGUCACUCUCAUGAAAUGUGGGAAGAAGGUAGCUUGUGGCUCCAGUGAAGGUACCGUCUACCUCUUCAACUGGAAUGGCUUUGGGGCCACAAGUGACCGCUUUGCCCUGAGAGCCGAAUCCAUUGACUGCAUGGUUCCAGUCACCGAGAGUCUGCUGUGUACUGGCUCCACUGAUGGAGUCAUCAGGGCUGUGAACAUCCUACCAAACCGAGUGGUAGGCAGUGUGGGCCAGCAUGCUGGGGAGCCUGUGGAGGAGCUGGCCCUUUCCCACUGUGGCUGCUUCCUGGCCAGUAGUGGCCAUGACCAGCGCCUCAAGUUUUGGGACAUGGCCCAGCUGCGAGCUGUGGUGGUGGAUGACUACCGUCGGCGCAAGAAAAAGGGAGGACCACUGCGGGCCCUGAGCAGCAAGGCUUGGAGCACAGAUGACUUCUUCGCAGGACUGAGGGAAGAGGCAGAAGACUUCAUGGCUCAGGAAGAGAAGGAGGAGACUGGGGAUGACAGUGACUGAGGGAAUGAACCGAUUCCUCACCAGGCAAGAGUCUUGCUUAUUGGGCUGCAUCCCCAGAGGAUAUAAAUUAUUUUUUAAAAAUACAGGGUUUUGCUGUCAUCCAGACUGGAGUGCACUGGCUCGAUCAUGGCUUACCAUACAGCCUCAACAUCCCCAAGCUCAGGUUGUCCUUCCACCUCAGCCUCUGGAGUAGCUGGUACUACAGGUGUA